CGCAAUAGUACAGGUCUAUUGACAAGUUAGAGCUCAAAGCUUCACUUCAUUUAGGACAGAUACAAAGGCUCCAAAGUGGAAGUGACAUAACAUCCUGUCGGUCACGUGACCCGGAUGUUUUAGCUUGCUUAACUAACGGGAACGUGAGUGCGGACUACAGAGUCCGAAUAUGCGCUCGUUCGUCGGACUUGCCUCCGUGGUCGUCGCUGCUACUGUCUACCUUUAUUUAGUAUCUCUGUACUUGCCUCCCGGACCGCCGAAACACAUUCAGACCGCUACCGAGACCCAACAUGCCGCCUCAGUCGAGGGGGUCGAAAUGUCCGCUGAGAACAGCGAGGACACUCGCAGCAGGUUGAAGUUUCCAUCCAACUUGGAGGAUUUGCGAGAGCUAUCCGAGCUUCUUCAAUUCUACAAGACUGAGCACACAGCCUACGUGCUGUUGCUGUUCUGCAGUGCUUACCUUUACAAGCAGUCCUUCGCCAUCCCUGGAUCCUCCUUCCUGAACAUCUUAGCGGGUGCCAUAUUUGGGCUCAGCCAAGGACUGCUGCUGGCUUGUGUGCUUACUACAGUGGGCUCCACCAUGUGCUACCUUCUGUCUCAGGCCUUUGGUAAACGCCACAUCGUCAACCUCUUCCCUGAAAAGGUGGCCAUGCUCCAGAGCAAGGUGGAGGACAACAAGGACUGCCUGUUCUUCUUCCUUCUUUUCUUGAGGUUCUUCCCCAUGACGCCCAACUGGUUCCUUAACAUGUCUGCGCCAGUCGUUAACAUCCCUGUUUCCUUCUUCUUCUGCUCAGUCUUUAUUGGUCUGCUGCCCUACAACUUCAUCUGCGUCCAGACGGGCGUCAUGCUGGCAGAGGUGUCGUCCCUGGACCAUCUGUUCUCGUGGCAGCGACUCGCCCAGCUUCUGGCCAUCGCGUGCACAGCUCUAUUGCCCGGCAUGCUAGUGCGCUGCUACAGCCAGCGGUGUCUCAAAGGGACCGAGACGCACGAGCACAAUGGAUUCACCGCAAAUAAGAAGGUCCAAUAAGUCACUGUAUGGAUUAUUUGGCCUACUGAUCACCCGAUGGCGUACGUGACGUAUCUAUACUCUUGAUAUACUGGACAUAUACAGUGUGAGGAAGUGUUCUAAAUGUCUACCUCACAUCAGUAUUGACACUCUCCUGCUUCAAUGAGCAGUUUUGUAUGUUUUUCCUCUUUUUGUGAAUGUACAGUAUUUCUCAAAGGCAACAGAAAGCCUUCAAAUUAUUCUUACUAUUACAUUCUAAAAGCCAAAUUCCAAGAGUUUUUUGAAUGCAUCCGUCACUAUACAGGUUGGGAGAAGUAGUAGCGUGGACAUAAAUUGUUCUCGCUGGAAUUCCCAGAAUGCCUUGUAGUGACCUUUUGUAAAAAGUUACGUUUAGUAAUCACGGUGUUCACUCGUCAUAUUUUUCAAAUUUUUAUUAAAUGUUUAUUUAUUUAUGCACCACAA